AGGUUGAGUAGAAUAAUAGAUUUCAUAAAUUCGGUCUCUCAAGAGCCAUCUAUGUGUUAUUUCGGUAACACCAAGACUUAUGACGUGUAGAAGCUUUCAUAUUGCUUCCGCUCGCACCUCCAAGAAAGUGGGCAGGGCAUGUAGUACGUCAUCGUCCCCAGCUACAUCUAGCCGGUGAAAACUGCGACAUGAGCAGAUAUAUUCUACAGCGGAGAUAAAGCUAAACCAAAAAAAAACAAAACAAGAAGAAGCUUUUUGAAACCUCAAAACUGCGUCGGGAUUUCAGCAAGACAUUUCCUAGAGGUAUUUUAGCUAUAGUCAGGUCUUUUAACUCGUAGGUGGUGAAAAAUAGCAGCCUGAACGUUUUAUUCUAGUUUUUUAUUAUUAUUAAUUUAGUUAUUUAUUACUAAACACGACAAUAUAUAUAUAUAAUUAUAUAUAUACAAUACCUGUGGACCAAACAGGGGAAUUCACAAGCAUCACCAAGUUCUGACACGCGGCCAUGGAAAGAGACAAGAAAGUGACCUUCCAGCUGUUGCUGGCUGUGGGAACAGCUGUGAUUGGCUCUCUUCAAUUUGGUUAUAACACAGGUGUUAUCAACGCACCUCAGAAGACCAUCGAGAGCUUCUACAAUGACACAUGGUUUGAACGAUAUCAUGAGUACAUACCUGAAACAUCCCUCACAUCACUGUGGUCUAUCUCAGUGGCCAUCUUCUCAGUGGGGGGGAUGUUUGGCUCCUUCUCCGUGGGUCUCUUUGCCAAUCGCUUUGGAAGGAGGAACUCGAUGCUCAUGGUUAACAUGCUAGCCUUCAUGUCAGCAGCACUGAUGGGCUUCUCUAAAUUGGCAGCCUCAUGGGAGAUGUUGAUCAUUGGCCGUUUCAUAGUGGGGUUUUAUUCUGGCCUUUCCACUGGGUUGGUACCCAUGUAUGUGGGUGAAGUGGCGCCCACUGCACUCCGAGGAGCAUUGGGAACCCUGCAUCAGCUGGCCAUUGUUAUAGGCAUCCUUAUAGCACAGGUGUUUGGUCUGAAGGAGAUCAUGGGCACUGCCGAUCUGUGGCCCUAUCUGCUGGGUUUUACCUUCAUCCCAGCACUACUGCAGUGUUUCCUGUUACCCCUCUGUCCCAAGAGUCCUCGCUAUCUCCUCAUUAUCUGCAAUGAAGAGAACAAAGCCAAAUCAGCGUUGAAAAAGCUGCGUGGAACGACAGAUGUGAGUGCAGACAUGCAGGAGAUGAAGGAGGAGAGCAGGCAAAUGAUGAGGGAGAAGAAAGUGAACAUCCUAGAGCUGUUACGCUCCCCAAUCUACCGACAGCCUUUAGUCAUCGCCAUCGUACUGCAGCUGUCACAGCAACUGUCUGGCAUCAAUGCUGUCUUCUACUUUUCCACAAGCAUCUUUCAGAAAGCUGGUGUGGCACAGCCUGUGUAUGCCACUAUCGGCGCUGGAGUCGUCAACGUAGCGUUCACUGUAGUGUCGCUGUUUUUAGUGGAGAGAGCUGGUCGGAGGUCACUGCACCUAACAGGACUGAUGGGUAUGGCUGUGUCUGCGGUCCUGAUGACAAUUGCCCAAGCAGUACAGGCGCAGGUUUACUGGAUGUCAUACAUAAGCAUCGUUGCUAUUUUUGCCUUUGUGGCAUUCUUUGAAAUCGGACCAGGCCCCAUUCCUUGGUUCAUCGUAGCUGAGCUGUUCAGUCAAGGCCCUCGUCCUUCUGCUUUUGCCGUGGCUGGUUUGUGCAACUGGACGGCCAAUUUCAUAGUGGGAAUGUGCUUUCAGUAUGUGGCGCUCCUCUGUGGUCCAUACGUCUUUAUCAUCUUUACCGUCCUGUUGCUGGGUUUCUUCAUAUUCACAUAUUUCAAAGUCCCGGAGACAAAAGGCCGGACAUUUGAGGAGAUUGCUGCCGGUUUCUCCCAGCAUGCAGUUGCAGGCAUACAGAAAGCAUCACCUGAAGAGAUGAACAGCCUGGGUGCCGAUUCUGAGCUCUGAGCCCCACCUCCUUCAUUCCCUCACACUCCUUGACAUAUCUAAUAAGAGAGGAACAUGCCGGCUGGAAAACACAUUUCUCUCUCUCUCUUCUCAAUACUAGACUGUUCCAUGCCUGUGUUCUUCCUUUUUUUCAUGCGUGUAUACAUAGGUGGCGAGAGGUGCGAAUGCAGUAUUUAGAGAUUUCUGACAUUCUUUUAUAUGUACAUGAGAAGAUAGUUUCCUUUUUUUAAACUUUGUAUCUGUUACAUUUUUACUUCAGACGAAAUUAUUUUUAUAACGACCAUUCCUGUUCACCAGCAUACUUUUAUCAAGGCCUAAGAAAACGUGGCCUUAAUCGCUUUUAGUCGACAUAACUGAAUUCCUUGUGACUGUAUCUCAGCUUUAGGACUGGACCUUUUUACUCAAAGCAAUAUGAGUGAUGACUGGAUGUCGAAUUAACUAUCGGGAGAAUAGAAUAUGGAAAAGCUUUGAAUUGUGGUGUGUUGGGGCUCUCACGGUAUCUUCUUUUCACAGACUUCAUCCCUUCCCUGUCAUUUCUAUAAAAUGAAAUAGAGAUUAUAUUUAUUUGACAAAUUAAUUGAUAUAUUUUUGACUUUAACCAUGAUUUCACCAAGCUGGUUAAGGCAUGGUGAGUUUGUGCCUCAUGGCUCCAUGGUCCAGGGUAUGAUCCUGAGCUUUGUUUACUUUGUCUAGUUGUCCAGUUUCCUCCCACCUCUAAAAAACAAACACUUGGCCCAUAGGCAGAUCUGUGUGUGUGUGUGUGCCUGUGCGUUGUACACAGUGCGUUCAGCUCCGGAUCCACCACACCACACCCCUCAACUGUAUAAGUAGUUAUGAACAACAAAAGUUUUAGUACUAUGUAUUUUAGAAUUACGAAUGUAUUUACAUUUUUACAUGCUCUUUGAAUUGCUAUCUUACAUAACAAAAGUUAAGUUGCACUGACAUUGAUAAACAUUGCUAAAUGACUAAAUGAUCCUAAUCAUGAAUGUCAACGUGACAGAAUAUCACUAAUACUGUACAGGAGUACAGGAGAACGCACAGAUGAUCUGUAACAGCUCAGACUGUGUCAUUACCAUAUUAUAGACAUUACCACAUGCAGUACUGACUCCACACUGCAAAGGAACAUUUAUAAAGUAUUUAUGUAAGGUUAUAUUAGUCAUAUUGAAUAUUAGGGCAGUGCAGGCAAGUAGACAAACACAUCAUAUACAUCAGUUCAUCACCAUGAAGAUGCAUGUUGACGGCUUUAAAAUUCCUUUAAUUUUCCCUUUUGAAGAUGGGUUUUGGUAUUGAUUUACGUACAUGUCCGAGGCUUUCCUGAAGCUCUUUUUAUCACUCGUCUCAUCUGAUCUUAUUCCACCUAACCCAAUGUGGUUUGUUAUAAAGUAAAAAGCAUUCUGAUGAACAAAAGACUGAAAUAUUGACCUUUUGCACACUUCCCAAGCCUUGCAAUGCUCACUGUUUCUCAUGCGUCGCGUUCAGAAUUCAAAUCUCACUUGGCCAGUUUGAACAGCACAGUUAUGUGUGUCAGGGUGAAGGGCACAUGUUCAGGGCUUUAAGACUAAUUAGCGAAAGCAUUCCAGAAAGUGUGUGUGCGUGGGUGUGUAUGUGUUCUGUUGCACAUGUAAAGCAUUGUAUCAUGUCAGAACAUCAGGGGUUGGCUAAAAAAAAGUACGUUGUUAGACAUUGUUAGAUGUUUUGCAACCUCUUUGUACCUAAAAGAAGCAGUGUGUAUCAUAAUGGAUACAGGAUGAGCUUAUCAUUGACUUAAUGCAAUAAGUGGCCAUGACAAUAUACAGGUAAAAAAAAAAAAAAAAAGAUAUAUGUAGAUAAAACCUGUUUCUGCGUUUCCAGACCCUUGGGUUUGAUAUGAUUUAUUAAAAAAAAAAUUUUACAACUUUUUUUUUUCCAGUUAACUUUGAAACUCAUGUUUUUUGACUAGAUUGUAAUGCUGUAAUACUGUAAAAUAGUUUUAAACGUGCAUAUUUUUCUGGUAAAUAGUGCUGUAUUUAUUAGUUUGCCUAAUUUAUUUAGUUUUUUGGUUGUUAGUAUCUUGUUUAAUAUCAAUAAAAUGUAUAUAAAAUAAAAUAAA